UGUCCUGUUUUAGUUCUACCCUGCACUCUCGUUCCUUGCAUUACUGUCACUGAAUCACGCUCCUUUCGUUUUUCGCUUCCUCUGUUUCCUUUUCAUUCAUUCUUUCUCUCUCUUACCUUCUUUUUUGCUUCCUCUGUUUCCUUUUCAUUCAUUCAUUCUUUCUCUCUUACCUUCGCCAUGUUUACCGAAGGUCUGGACGAGAGCGCAAUCCAAUGGAUCAAUCAGGGAUCCAAACCAAAGCUUGAGGUUGAAGAUCCUCCUCCUUCUCUCAUACGCUCUCCUCUGGCCGAGAAAAUCAGCACCAGCGAUCGAUUCCCGAGAUCUCCUAUCUUGAGUUCCGCCAACAGUCUCAAUUCCCCUGUUCUGCCUCCAUUGAAGUUCCACUCAGCUUUGUUACAGCCGCGCAACCUCGCAUUUGGCUACGGCGAUCACCAUGCCGACGACGAGAGCGACGUCAGCAUGGAGGAUGCCUUCUCCGACGAAGAACUCUCUGCUCCCAGCAACAUUGAUUUCUCCGACUCGCCAAUUCCACACAACUACGACGAGGAACAAUUGUUUGGAUCUAAACCCCAAGGGCGCUGUGGAAUUCUCAAGACGGGUUUAGCUAAUNAAAANCUAACCAUUCAGGUUCCAUGCAGUGUCANAAGAUUCACAGAUGGAGAAGUGGGUUUCAAUAAAUGUGUUCAAAGGAAGCUCACUCCAGUUNGUGGCGCUGUUCGGUUUCNNAANAAAGNUCACCUUUCCAAUGUGAAAUGUCNUGAUGANGCCGUCNGAUUGGGUACUCCAAGUGCUCCUCCCAUUAUUGAUGCUGAUUUUUCAAUUGAGAGGGAUUCAGAAAGCUCGGUCAGGAAUGAACCAACUGACCGUGCUUCUUGGCCUUCAAGGGACUCUGUGGAUUAUGAUGGCUCAAAAAGUGAGAGUUCAAUUGAACAAAAACCCAACACUGUUACGAAAACCACUGAGCCUGGGGAAAGACUGGACAAUACUUUAACAGAUGACAUAGAAAGACAGACCCCUCAUUUACAAUAUUACAGCAACAGCAGCUGCAAUAGUCAAUAUGCCUGGCAAACCCUUAUCACUUAUGACGCCUGCAUACGAUUAUGUCUACAAGCAUGGGCAAAAGGAUGCACUGAGGCUCCAGAGUUUUUAAAAGACGAGUGUCUGGCUCUCCGAGGUGCCUUUGGCUUGCAUGAGUUUUUGUUACAACCUCGAGGUGUAAAGCUAACUGAAGGAAAAAAUACAAGAAACUCAGAACAAACAGUUCCCCUGAAGAUUAAGAAAGUUGUAGGGAAAAUCAGAGUGGAAGUGAAGAAACUCCGCAUUAUACCUAGACAAAAACUUAAGAUCACGAAGUCACAGAGGGGAUCACACUACAUGCAGGCUGGGGUGGAGUACGUCCGGCAUGUUUCAUCACUUGUGAAAACUGGCAUAAAUUCUAUGAAGUCGGCCACCUUCUCACUGGCAUCAGAAGAGCCACUCCAUUGUUUAAUCCAACUUAAGAGUACAACGGAAGAAAAUGAAUCAGAGCCAUCUUCUGCAAUUCUUUUGCGCCCUGGAAAUGGAGAUUACCAUGAUUUUUUCCCAUUGAGCCAAGGGGAUGCUUUAAUUGUAGAAGUUCAAGAUUCCAAAAAGGCAGUCCAUGGUGAAGCAAGAAUUCCAAUUUCAUCCCUCAGUGAUAAUCCUAGUGACCGAAUUAGGUGGUGGCCAGUAUAUCACGAUGAACGUGAAUGUGUUGGCAAGAUCCAGCUGUCUAUCGGCAGCACAAUGACGAGCAAUGAGAACACUCAUAUUAAGAGUGCGGCUGUUGUGGAAACUCAAGCUUAUGAUUUAUUAUUGGAGGGUGCCAUGAGUGCGCAACAUUUUCACUCCCGAAACUUGCGUAUAAAUGGACACUGGAAAUGGUUGUUAGAUGCAUUUGCAGACUACUAUGGAGUUUCUAAUUCAUAUGCCAAGCUGAGAUAUCUACUACACGUGAUGAAUGUGGCAACUCCAACCAAGGACUGCCUAGAGCUUGUGAGAGAAUUGCUUGAACCCCUAAUAAAGGCCAGAAGUGAGAGGAGUUUGACCAGGCAGGAGAGAAGUAUGCUUUCAGACUGUGAAACUCAAAUUGAAAGUCUUCUAGCAACUGUUUUUGAGAAUUACAAAUCGCUAGAUGAAAACUCGCCAUCAGGUUUAACAGAUCAUUUUGGUCCAUCAAUUGAGUCUGCAGCACCAGCCUUGGAUCCUGCCGUUCAAGUUUACACUAGUCUUCAUGAUAUACUAUCUCUAGAUGCUCAAACUAUUCUAAGAAACUAUCUUCAGACUGCAGCAAGAAAAAGGUGUAGAAAACACAUGAUGGAGACUGAUGAAUUUGUGUCAAGCACCUCUGAAUGUUACCAAAUGGAUACCGUUACCAUCUCAACGGCCUACUUGAAGAUGAAGAAUCUUUGUGUUUCUAUAAGAAAUGAAAUUCAGGCAGACAUAAAGAUCCACAAUCAGCAUACGAUCCAUGGUCAGCAUAUAUUUCCUAGUUCAAUUGAUCUCACAAACAUAACAGCGGCAGUUUACAGCACAGAGUUGUGUAAAAGGCUGAGAGCUUUCCUUUCAGCGUUGCCACCAUCGAGUCCACAGGCACAUGUAAAUGAGCUUCUAGUUGCGGCUGCAGAUUUUGAACGGGAUUUUGAGUCAUGGAAUAUAAGUCCCGUACAGGGAGGAUUAGACUCCAGAAAUUUGUUCCACAACUAUAUCAUGGUGUGGAUACAGGAUAUGCAACUUAGUUUACUAGAUUUAUGUAAAGCAGAAAAGGUGCCAUGGGCUGGAGUAACCACAAAUCACUCCACCUCCCCAUUUGCUGAGGAAAUGUACGAGAAAAUCAAAGACAACCUUACCCAGUAUGAAGUAGUAAUCAAUAGAUGGCCUCAAUACUCACUUUAUUUGGAAAAUGCUGUUGCAAACAUUGAAAGGGCAAUUGUGAAAUCCCUCGAGAAACAAUACAGCGAUACCUUAACUCCUUUAAAGGAUAGCAUACCAAAGAGACUUCACUUGCAAGUUCAAAAGAUAGCUAGAAGACAAUCAGCUACAGUUCAUUUGCUUCCUAAUCAAUUAGGAAUAUUCUUGAAUACCCUCAAGAGGAUUCUUGAUGUCCUACAUUGUAGAGUGGAAGACAUUCUAAAUUCAUGGGCCUCCUGUCUACCUGUGAUGGGUGAUAAGAAGACACUGUUUGGGGAGCAAAUGAAUGGAAUAACUGUUCUGUUGAGAACCAAAUACAAAACUUAUUUGCAAGCAAUAAUAGGGAAUGUUGUCAACAAUAUUCAAGCUAAUCGAAACACAAGGCUGAAAAAGAUUCUUGAGGAAACAACAGAAACUGAUGGAGUUGCAGAAGUCCGUGAAAGAAUGCAGUUGCUGAAUUCACAACUCAUUGAUUUCAUCUCCAACCUGCAUGAGGUCUUUACCAGCCAGAUUUUUAUAGCAGUAUGUCGUGGAUUAUGGGAUAGGAUGGGAGAGAUUAUUUUGAAAUUUCUGGAAGGAAGGAAAGAAAACAGGAUAUGGUACAACGGCUCGUCCUAUGCUCUUGGGAUAUUGGAUGAUACUUUUGCUUCUCAAAUGCAACGAUUACGAGGGAAUGCGUUGCAAGACAAAGAUAUUGAGCCUCCUCGCUCUGUGAUUGAAGCUCGGUCUAUUCUUUGUAAAGACACGGCAAAUACAUCCGAUCCAUCUAAUUACUUCUACAUAUAAUUUAUUUAGCUUUAGCUAUAAAUAUAUAUUCCCAAAUUUCCCUGAUAUUGUUGAGAGGGGUGGGAUUAUUCUUUGCAUGUAAAUGUAAUAAUGUAUGUAAGGUCAGGUUUCAGAACUCUACAUUCAUUUUAUUCUUUUUGCAUGUAAAAUGUAAUGAUACACUUUUGUUCAGUCCCAUUAGAGGUCGUUCUUUA